ACGGUGGUUGCACAGCUCCCUACUUCCCCCGGUACGGCGUAUGGAGGUGGUUUGGACUUCGUAAGUACGAAGCCCAAACACCUAGUCCAACUCCCUUUUCUGCACCCCAGAUAAGACCUUCACUUCACAAUGGGUCGGCUGACAGGUGGCGGCCGAUAUGUGAAGGGGGUAACACUUGGGAAGGGAACGUUCGGCGUCGUCUUUAAAGCCUACGACACCCAUACGGGAAAGACGGUGGCUAUAAAGAAGAUUCACCUGGGUGACUCUAAGGAGGGCGUGAAUGUGACAGCGCUGAGGGAGAUCAAGCUGCUGCAGGAGCUGCACCACCCGCACAUCAUCGAGCUCAUCGAUAUCUACCCGCACAAGCGGAACCUCAACCUGGUUUUGGAAUUCAUGGAGACGGACUUAGAGAACAUUAUCAAGGAUCGGUCGCUGCACCUGUCCCCAGCGGACAUCAAGGCGUUCAUGAGGAUGACUCUGGAGGGGCUCGCCUACUGCCACGGCAAAUGGGUGCUGCACAGGGACAUGAAGCCGAAUAACCUCCUCAUCGGCCCGACAGGCGAGCUGAAGAUUGCUGACUUCGGCUUCGCGCGCCUCUUCGGCAGCCCUGACAGGAAGCUCACCCACCAGGUGUUCGCCCUCUGGUACCGCGCGCCAGAGCUGCUCUUUGGCAGCAAGGCGUACGGGUCGGGGGUGGACGUGUGGGGCGCUGGCUGCGUGUUUGCUGAGCUGCUGCUCAGACGACCUUUCCUGCAGGGAUCGAGUGACAUCGACCAAUUGAGUAAAAUCUUUGCUGCCCUGGGCACGCCUCACGAGGACCAAUGGCCGGACAUGACCUGCCUGCCCGACUACGUGCAUUUCAACUACUGCCCGGCGCCCCCCCUCAAGUCGCUCUUCCCCAUGGCGGGCGACGAUGCCCUGGACCUCCUUUCCCGCAUGCUCACGUUUGACCCCAACAAGAGGAUCACUGCGGCUCAGGCACUGCAACACCGCUACUUCCUCCUCGGCCCGCCCGCCACCAAGCCCAAGGACCUGCCUCGCCCUCCACCCAAACCGUCUGGAAGCGACUUCCCUCCCGGCUCCAUCCCUGUGGGGCUGGCUCCUGUGGGGCCGGAUGCAGCAGAUGCUGCUGCUGAUGCUGCUGCUGCUGUUGGUGAUGAUGUGAGACGAGAGGGGAUGACAGGUGGGGCAGGAGCGGGGGCAGCAGCAGCAGCAGAUGCUAAUACAGGGAGUCGGCGACUUCCCCCUUCAGUAGAGUCACCCCACUAUCCCCGCAACCUGUCUCCAGCCACAAAGGCAGUCCGCAUAUCCCUUAACCCAGGGAUAGAAGAGAACGAGGGUGGUGAGGAUAGGGAGAAGGCUGGAGGAGAGCUUAUAGGGAGUGGGAGGGAUGGGAGAGGAGCGGUGGAGGGGAGUGGGGCGGAAGGGGAGACACCGAGUGAGGUUACCAUGGUUACAGCGGUUACUGGGGGAGGGGAUGGAGCCCCGAUGUCGGUCGAUACGGCUAUGUUUCCUCCGCGGUCGGCUUUGCCGCCCAGACCGAAGAUGAAUAGAGACGACCGGCUCUCCCUGCGCAAGCGUAAACUUGAUGAAGAAUUUGACACCGCAUAGAAACUUGAGAUUUGCCUUGAAUAUUUUUGCAUUUUUGCCUACGAAUGUCUUUGUUCUUCAUGCAAAAGGAGAAAAGGUAGAUAUGUCAAAAUAAAGUUCUAUAUUUCUGCUUGGGGGUAAAAAGGUUGAAUUCCAGAAUUUCAUGGACUUUUUCCUUAACCUUAGGUACA